AAGAGUUCCCGAAUGAGGCCAAAGCAAGAGAGAGGGAGGAAGAAAACAAGGGAGACAAGAGGAAGAAAAAAGAAGGUGAAGACGACAGAUCAAGUUAGGCCAUGGGUGAUUUCUCAGCUUUGAAUUCUGUCUCCAGAUCAAGUUAGAUCGUUGUUGAGCGAUUCGCUUUCGAUCUUCAAUUCAGAGAUAUGUGGUUCAAAACACAUCCUUUCUUAGGCCAUGGGUGAAUCUUGGUCAAAGCUGGGCUCGAAAUCGAAAGAUCUAUCGAGGCUUGGCUCUUUUUAUGGGGCUGCGUACGUUGGCAGGAUAUAUCAGAACAUCAUCCAAAAAUGGUCCAUGGUGGUUUCUACAUCAGGACUUGAAGGGAUCUGCGUAAUGAGGGCACUUCUACCAGAGCCUUGGACACUUUUUACCAGAACACUUUUACCACUUUUUGGUCUUGUUGUUGGAAGUGUUUUUUUUUUUUUUGAUAUGUCUAAGAAAAUUGUUGGAGGUGUUUUAAAAACAAUAGUUCAAUCUCUUCAAUCUUUUUAGUUUUUUUUAAUCUUAUUGAGGUGGUGGUAAUUUUCAUUUUAUGGUUAAACCUUUUAAUUGUUGGAUUUAAAAAGGCCUUUUUAUCUUAUUGAGGUAGCGGUAAUUUUCAUUUUAUAGCUAAGCAUUUUAAUUGUUGGAUUUAAAAAGGCCUUCUAAUCAGUUUCAUUAUUAGGCACUAUCUAAUAAAUUGUAAUAUAAAAAUUUAUUACACAAAUUGUUCGA